AACCUUAAUGUCACAUUUUUUUAAUGACCAUGUCACAUAGGCCCUAUAUGUUGAAGAUCCCAAGAGAAUUUAAGUAGCCAUUGUGCAUUAAGCAUAUAUAUAAUACAUAUAUAUAUAGAUAUAUUGUAUAUAUAUCUCUCUCUGUUCUGUUCUGUUUUGUUGAAGGUGUUGCAGGCUUUGUGGGUCAGACAGCAUUUAAGUUUAGGUGUAAACACUCCAUAUUGGUUUUGUUUUCGGAUAGAAUCAUUAAAGAUAUCAAAUGCAGAAUCCAAAAACAAGCCUAAAGGGCUCUUCUGGAUCAGAAGGUGAUCGGAGGAACUCUCCACGUUCGGUUUCUUCAGGUCGUGUUGUUCGCCAAGUCAAGACGACUCGUCUUGAAGGAAACUCUACUACAAGUCUUAGAACACCGAAAGCUUCGAGUCCUAAGAUCGUUGAUCGUGCAUCACCAAGAAGUCCUGCUCUUGAGCAGAAAAAGCGUGUGGGUAGAGUUGCUGAACUUGAAACUCAGGUUACCCAACUUGAGGAUGCUUUGAGGACAGUUAAGGAUCAACUAAUUGUGUCAGAAUCAUGGAAAAAACAAGCCAAACUAGAUGCAGAAGAGUCGAGAAAGGAACUUUUAGCCAUGACUCUGAGGCUGGAAGAGUCUGAAAAUAUCUUAGCUCGGUCUUCUCCUAGUGAAUCGCAUGAUGUACAAAAGCUGCAAGAUGACAAUGAUGAUGAAGAACAAAAACUCAAGACAGCCGAAUCAGCAGCAUUAGCUGCUGCUUUACUUGAAAUUGAGCAGCUAAAAGUCAAGCUCGACACAACAAGCAAAUUUGAAAGUAAGCAAGUAGAAUCAGCAUACGCAGAAAUACAUAUCCUGAAAGAGAACAUGGCAGAAAAGCUUUCACUCAUGGAGGAAAUGAAGAACGAACUUGAAGAGAGCAAAAGUUCAGAAUCUCAAGCCCAGGCCUUGGCAAGUGAAACUUUACUACAACUUGAAACAGCAAAAAAGACCAUGGAGGCCCUAAAAACAAACAGUGAUGAAUACAAUGCCAUACUUUUGGAGUUAGAGCAUUCAAAGGCACGAGUUCGUACGUUAGAAGGGAUCAUCAACGAAAUGAAAUCAACAUAUCAAGUAAGUGGAACCAAAGGGACAGCUGAAAUAAAAUUUCAUGAAGAAGAACCAGGUCAAACAUCGGAUAUCAUGGCUGAACUGAAAAAAUCAAAAGCAAAUAUUGUAGAGUUGAAGGCUAAUCUGAUGGACAAGGAGACUGAAUUGCAAUGUGUUCUUGAAGAGAAUGAGAACCUGCAUGCAAAACUGGCAAACAUGAUCUCUAGUCAGCAAGAAAACGAGUUAACACAAAAGUUUAAAAGUCUGGAGACAGAAUUAUGCACAAAGUCGGAAGAGAAUGAAAAGCUCAAGCUGGAAAUACACAAACUGAAUGGUGUCAUGGAGGCGACCAAACAAGAAUUUGACACUUUGAAGUCAAAAUUGAUUAGUCUGGAGACAGAACUAUGUGAAAAGUCAAAUGAAAGUGAGAAAUUCAAAAUGGAAAUCAAGAAAAUGAGCGGUGUGGUGGAAGAUUCAAAACAAGAUUUCGACAGUUUAGAGUCAAAGUUAACGACUUUGAAGACUGAAUCAUGUGAGAAGUCAAAUGAAAACGAGAAGCUUAAACUAGAAACCAAGAAGAGUAACGAUGAAGCUGCACAAGUGACUGAGCAGUUAGAGACAGUAAAAACGGCCAACUGUGAAUUGGAGGAAGAGUUGAGGAAGCUGAAACUGCAGAUGGGUCAGUGGAGAAAGGCAGCAGAGGCAGCUACUGCUAUGCUUUGUGACGAGAACAGCAAUAAUAAUGGUCGGACGUUGGCCGACAGAACAUGGUCAAUGGGCCAUUUUAGUCCCAUGAAGAAGUUAAACAUGGGUUCACCUCGCAGUGUGGACAUUGAUGACGAUAAUGAUGACGGUGAUGAUACUGACGAGUUCUUGAAGAGAAAAAACGUUAAUGUGCUCAAAAGGAUUGGGGUGUUAUGGAAGAAGCCACAAAACAAAUGAUCAUGAUGGCAUUUUCUAGUUAAAGUUUGCCUACAAGUAUUAUCUGAGCUUAUAUUUCCUUAGAGUAUAUGUAAUAUAUUUGUUACUUGCUUGUGUAACCAUCAUUGUAAUUCUUUAUAGUUCUACUAUAACCAAAGUUUGCAAUUUGUUUCUAUGAA